CGUGGGCAGAAGCAUCUCAUCCUCCCACCACCACUGGACGGACCUCCAAAGUUUCCAGCGUUAGUUCAAGAAACACAAUAGCACCGCCGCUAGUAGAAACCAGCGCCACGGUGAUCGACCUGCUCCUGCUCGGCUCCUCCCCACACACGAGCGGAGAUAAGCUUCAACCCAUCGAUCGAUCAAGCGAGACAAUCCCGUGCCACCUAGCCACUAGCCACCUACCCAUCGAUGCUCAAGGAGGUGAAGCGGGAGCUGUCGUGCCCGGUGGUGCUCUUCUCCUAUUUCAACCCCAUCGUCCGGUGGGGGCUGGCUGACUUCACCGCCGCCGCCAAAGAAGCCGGUGUAGACGGUCUGAUAGUCCCCAACCUCCCUUAUGCUGCCACCUAUGACCUCAGGAGUGAAGCCAUGAAGAACAACCUCGAGCUGGUGCUGCUCACAACACCAUCUACACCGGAAGAGCGGAUGAAGGAAAUCACAAGAGCUUCUGAAGGUUUUAUUUAUCUUGUGAAUGUCGAUGGCGUUACAGGUCCCCGCGCAAACGUGAGCACACGUGUCGAAUCUCUCAUUCAAGAGGUUAAACAGGUCACUGACAAACCCGUGGCUGUUGGAUUUGGCAUAUCAAGACCUGAGCAUGUAAAGCAGAUUGCGGAGUGGGGAGCUGAUGGAGUUAUCAUCGGCAGUGCAAUGGUGAAACAGUUAGGCGAAGCAGCAUCUCCCAAAGAAGGUCUAAAACGGCUAGAGGAUUACACCAUGAGCAUGAAGAAUGCAUUACCAUGAAAUAUAAAUGUAUACUACACGAUCUGUAAAAGGGAAGCACCACUAAUACUGAAGCUGCCUUUCGGCUUUGGUGGUCGA